AUGACCGAGAAACAAAAGAUAGUUUUCUACACGGCGUUCUCGCCUAAUGGACACAAAAUCGCCAUCACGCUCGAAGAGCUUGGGCUCAAAUACGACAUGGUCGCUCUAAACCUGCCAGCAAUCGAACACAAGGAACCAUGGUUCCUUGAUAUCAACCCCAAUGGUCGUAUUCCUGCCCUGACGGACACCCUGGAAGAUGGAACGCCAAUCAAUCUGUUCGAGUCUGGCAGUAUCCAACAGUAUCUCGUAGACCGGUACGACACGGAGCACAAGAUCUCGUACCCAAGGGGUAGCAAAGAGUAUUAUCAGACCAACAAUUGGCUCUUCUUCCAGAAUGCCGGGAUAGGCCCGAUGCAAGGCCAAGCCAACCACUUCGUGCGCUACAACCUCUCGGAUCAGCCCGAGCAGUAUUCUCGGGAUAGAUACGUCAAUGAGACGCGACGCCUGUACCGCACGCUAGACAAGCACUUCCAGGACGCCCAGUCCGGGUACCUGGUGGGAAACAAGUGCACGAUUGCGGACAUCGCCAUCUCGUCGUGGGCCAACCUCCUAGGGUUCGCUAGUAUCGACAUUAACGAGUUCCCGCGGGUUCGAGAGUGGCAGAAACGCAUGGCGCAGCGACCGGCUGUGCAGAAGGGGUACGACACGCCAAAGAAGGUCGAUUUGGAUGCUAUGGAGAAGAAGGAACCGCAGGUGUUCAAUACGUAUUUGAAGACGAAUUUGGGCUGGAUCAAGCAUGGGAUGGAUGACGAUGCGAAGAAAUAG